AUGGCUGUCGCGGUGAGUUUUGAAACAAUUCCGGAGCCGCUGCUUCGCCAUCUGGAGAGCCUGAUGCGGGCCGGCGGGUCGGACAUCAUCUCGGUGACGGUGCGAGGGACCGGAACAUCGACGAGUCGCUCGAAUUCGGUGGCGCCUCCCUCUUCGCGGCCUCGGAAGAAUUCUUCGGCUGGAUCGCGCGGUCCCGUGCUGAGGAAGCCGAAUGGGAAGCCGUGCUCGGAGACGAGCGUCGAGCCGGGUUUCCGUGGCCGCUCAAAAGGGCUGAAGCAGUCGACUGGGCUGAAGCCGUACCAGGUGUCGAGCGUGUUGUCGCUGAACGGGCUGGCUUCGAUGAGCAGCCGCAGCCCCGACUGUGCCACCGAGGUCAUGUUCCCGCCGGCGGCCAAGAUGAGCGGGCACAGCCUCAGCAAUGCGAGUACCCAGUUGAACAUCCUGGAAGAGUCGUACAGAAGCCCGAAGUUGGAUAGCCAGAAGGUUGGCGGUGAUCACCUGAGCUACAUGAGCUGCCCGUCGAUGCUGUUCAGCCCCGGAGAUUUCUCAAAUCUCAGCGACAACGAGGAGACAGACAAACGAGUGCGCCAU